AUGGACACAAGAGCGAAUUAUCCAUCAAUUGAUAGUCCUUUGGGACGAAAUUACAAUUCGUUCUAUUCUUUCAAGCGUCACGUGGCAAUCAGUCCUGACGGUAAAAAAAUUGUUACCUUCAAUCCAGACGAAAGUGCGUUUGAACUAUACAAUGACGACAAAUUGACUCAUCACUCAGCAAAGUUCGGCUACAAUAUUAAAAAAAUUGAAAAUUCAAAUAUAAAAAUUUGUUGGUCUCUAGCUAUCUCUAAUUUCAUAAAUGGUUACGGUCGCCUGAUAGCUUUGUCCCGAUUUGAUUCACGAGAUAUAUGUCCUGAAAACCACACCAAAUCAUCACAGUCUGAUGAGGAGGAAGGAACAACACACAUUGCGCCUAUGACCUGGAUCAUAUCGGAAUCUGGUAAACCCGAAAUUAUCGAUUUAUUUCAAAAUGUUGGCGGUGUAGUUAGAUUUUUAGAAAGUAAUAUGGAAAUAUAUGGUCAAGCGAUAAUUGUCGCAGUAAAUGCUUCCGGAAUAUAUAAGACAAGCAUCAAAUAUAAAGAUCCUUCUUUCACACGAAAAGCCAAUUCGAUAGAACAAUUCUUUUUACCCAAACAACUUUCAUCCAGCCUUUUAUUAUCGGAGAGAUGGGAGAGCAGAUUGACGUUAUUGAAAACGAGUAUCAUAAAGAAUCGUUUUUUGAUCUGCGGCGGCUAUAAGAAUCAUUGUCACGCUGUGGAGAUGUAUAGUUUGAUCACGGGGGAACUAGAAAUGGUGUUCCAAAGACGUGAGCCAUCUUAUCACCCUGUCGUCCCCAGAGGAAAACCAAUUUUUGCAAUCUCUCAAAAUGAAUUAAUGUUUGCUUUCUGUCGUGGAACAAACGCUGUUACUAUCUAUAUGAUGGAAAAUGGGCUAGAGGUAGCCACCAAAGAAUUAGAUGGACAAUAUUUUAAUAGAAUCAUAUCAAUUGAUUUUAUUGAAAAUGACAACAAAUUGUUAAUUAUUCUUGAAAACGAAAGUGAAUUUGAGAAAAGAGAGAAUAAUUAUGUAUUUGUUGUUUGGGAUCUCUUCAGCACUUCAAGGAAGGCCGUCCGGCAAGCUAGUUACUCGGAGACACAAGAUUACCCUUUGGAUGCUGAUUCCGCCCAUCGACUCAUAAACUCACGUGGGAAAAUUUUUGCAGUCACAAACUGGGGAGGAAUUUUUCCACUACUUGAAUUUCCAGGCAUUAAGGCCAUACUGGAUGAAAAACCAUAUCAGAAUCUAGUCAAUAUUGAGCUUCCAACUCACGAGGACGCUCAUCCUGUAUUUUUGCUUAACGGAGAAAGAAUCAAGGAAACAUCUACUGUAGAACAGAAAGCGAUCAUUAAUGACAUCGAACCUUGGCAACAUUACAAACAAUAUAACCGUUUAUUUGCUUAUCUUGACAAAUCCAAGCAGACCCAACUUAUAAUUGGCCCCAAUACAGUUCAAGUAUGGAAAAUACGCAAAAAUAAGAAUGGUACACCUCAAAGAACUCUUGAAUUCAUUUGGGCAAAGAAAGACAUCGGAAGCUCAAAAAUGCGUAUUGAGAAGCUUCAUAUUGGUCAUUGCGAAUUUGUGCUGAAGUUAUCUAUUCCCUCUUCGAAGAGGGGCGGCAUCUCUGAGUCGUGUACCAUUCAUUGGCCAAGUAACGAAAAUACAUUAAGAAGCGCUUGUCAAAGCUUACAUUUUCUAGUUAAUAAAAAGGAAUGUAUAAUCGGAAACAAGAAUGCAAACAGAUGCGAAUAUCUAAUUGACCACACGCAACAACUGAUAAGAAGAUUCAUUAAAAUGCACAGCCUUUUUCGUUUGACCGAUAUUCGGUACAACAUCAUAAAAGAUCUUAUCCAGGCUCGCCAAGAAUCAUUAAUACAAAUGAUUUUAUCGGAAAAUAUUAAUGGCAAAAAUAGCAAUAGUUGUUUACAUAUCCCAAGGUUAUACGAAUGGACAAAGUUACCACCAGAAACUCAUGGCGAUUCAAUCGAUCCGAAAUUGAAACAAAAGUUAUCUCCAGAAACUCGUGGUGAUUCAACCGAUCCGAAAUUGAAACAAGAUACAUCUACUUUGACAGAUUUGCAAUGUGCCAUUGAGAGUGCCAAUUCUGCGGCGAUUGUAGAGCUCCUUUUAGAAUAUUAUACAGAUAAUGCUGGUGAUUUUAAUAAUCCAGGAUGGAUGUUUACUGUCACCAGUGCAAUUCCAUACUUAUAUAAGCAUAAUUUAGGCGACCUUGUCUUGAAGAUAUUUAAGAAGCCAUGUUUUGGAACCACUGAGGCAUAUAUGCCACCCCUUCAUAUUAGCGAUGAGGAUCAAAAUGCCGGAAACAACGCCGAAUCUGUACAUGUCAUUAACGUGAGGCCAGGGCUUGUGCGUAAAUCUGAACCCAAAAUCAUGAAUUGUCUUACUAGGGCUUUCUGUGGAAUUUUUAGAAGAACACAGGAAGGAGUUGUUUCCGAUAACCCCGCAAAAGAUGACAUGAAGUUUAGUGAUCGAAAAGUCUACAUGGUUCCCCUUCCCGACUUUACCGUUCUUCCCGAAUCUAUUGAUCACCCUUAUUGUCCACUUGAUUAUAACAACGAUAAAAGACUUCCCGAAUCUACAAAUCACCCUUAUUGUCCACCUGAUUAUAACAACGAUAAAAGUCGUUCAUUUUUACACGUGAUAUACCACGAAAAGGAUCCUGAUUUUUACAGUGUUCCAUCUAUGAAUGCAGUGACAGAUUUUAAAUGGACAAACGCGAGAAAGUAUUUUGCUCGUCAAGUGACCAUUUAUAUUUUGUUUGCAAUUUCAUUCAUAAUUAGAUCAAUAUCUUACAUUGUCGAUGCUCCGAUACAAGAGAUUUACAAUAGACUCCCAUACGCAAACAUUCUUUCCUCGGUGGCAUUGGUUUUUAUGAUCUACUUCGGAUUUUACUUGCUGGCCACGGUAGCUGUCCAAAUAAAGCGCAUGGGAUUGGUUAAACAUAUUAAUCUCUACAAUAUUUUCGAUUUG